UGUUGGCCUUGGGGUUGGGUAACCGCAGUCGGCCUCUUCCUCUGGCGGGACCCUGGAAACUAGAAUCAGUCGAUGCUCAGGUGCAGUCCAGAUCACAAGGCGUCCGCGGCUGGCGACUGAGACUACGAGACAACGUUGAGGUUUCAAAGAUCACACUGAAGGAUCUCAUUAGCAAGAUGAAGUUAACUGCUCUCCUGCUGUUGGUCUCCUUAGGUCUAACGGCUGCCAUCGACUGCAGGACCAACGAGAUAGCCUGCUCAAACGGCGAGAAGUGCAUCCACCAAAGGAUCAUCUGCGAUGGUCGCUACGACUGCGCCGACGCUGCUGACGAAGAUGAGGAGCUUUGCAGGACGUGGUACAGUAAUUGUACUAAAUUAGGCUUCGCGGAGUGCGCCAGAAACGGGACAACUAAGUGCGUUGAAAUCUCCGAGUACUGUGCUUACGAGAACCCGGGAUGCGAAGGCUCACUGGACCAGCGUAUUUGUUUGAUGUUUGAGAGCCAAAAGCUUGAUAUACUGAGCAUCUUCAUCCUACCAACUGAUGCACAAGAUGCCAUCGACUGCUUACCGGGCCUCAUCGCCUGUUCCAACGGCGAGAAGUGCAUCCCGAAGGAGUACAUCUGCGACUGGGACAACGACUGCACCGACGCGUCUGACGAAGACAGGGAGCUUUGCAGGGCGUGGGUGAGGGGGGACGGCAAUUGUAAAUCGAAUUCAGAAGCACAGUGCUUCACCCAAGGGAUUACGAAGUGCAUUAAUAUCGUUACCUACUGCGAACACGAAGAUCCAGGAUGCCAAGGCUCACUAGACCCGCGUAUUUGUCCGAUGCUUAAGGGCAAAAAGCUUGAUAAACUGAGCAACAUUAACGUGACUCUGACAACUAGAGGAGACAUAAAUACCAACAGCUGCCCUCUCCUAUAUACCCUGGUUGGAGACCAGUGUCUCUCGGUUUACUCAACCGGUCAUAACAUCAGUCAGUUUGUAGACACUGUUCAAUACCUGCAGGAAUAUGAAUUGCCAUCCAGCUUCUGGAUUGGGGGCUCAGUCAGCAAUGACGCUGAAGGCUGGACGUGGAUAGAUGGCUCCCCAAUGCAGAUGGGUACUCCGUUCUGGAAUACAAGGUACAGCGCAGAUUGCGUCAACUGGAGUGUCACAAAGGAUAUAAAAGACCCACCCUGCAUCCACUACUAUCAGAGUCCGGAGGGGUUACCCUUGGGCAAUUGUGCCAGCCUCUCCCACGAUCACUCCUUCUACAUCGCUGACGAAGACUGCCUGAGGGGGUUGAGGCCUCUAUGCGUCUACCAGGGCACAGAUUUCCCCAAAAGACCCCAGUUUUGAGAGCGCUUUCUAUGGAUCCUGAGGGAACGCCCUUCCAUUUUACUUACUCGCAGAGACCCUAAGGGCGCGUCUUUAGAUCCGAAGGGCAUGUCCUCGUAUUCUACGGGCAUAAAAUAGCAUCUAGAAUUCGCAGUCAAGGCAUCUUUUCGAUUACUGAUCGCUUUCAAUUGUUUUUAAAUUUGUGUAUGCGCCCUGAAAUCAGCUUAGUUAUUGUAAUUUAAAUACUUCUCUCUCUCUCUCUCUCUCUCUCUCUCUCUCUCUCUCUCUCUCUCUCUCUCUCUCUCUCUCUCUAGGCAAAAUGGUCAGGAUUCAAAUA